CUGAUGUAUUUGUCAGUAGCGCAGGUCAACAACUCGAGCAAGAGACAUCUUUGUUAACUUGAACAAGCGGGUUUUAACUACGUCAACCAUGGGAGUGAAAACUGGCUGUUUCCUUGUCACAUGGGCUGUACUUCUUGCAAGUGGAAGAGCAACAAGUGUGGAAGACAGAGAGUUCAUAGAGGCAAAACAACCGAGCUUGCUACCGAGCAAUGAAGGCAUUUGCAUUAAAAACGUUCCGCAAUGUGCAGAGUGCCUGGACCACAGGACAUGUCAGAGAUGUCAGAAAGGCUUUCUUUUACUUGAAAGUUAUUGGGGCGCACUAUGUGUGUCUAGCUGUCCUGACGGGUUCACCGCAAUACAAACAGAAGAAAAUGGCUUAGUGUGUAAAAACAGUAACGGAUGCGGUAGAAUACCUCAAUGUUCCCAGUGCGAGGAGAAGUUUGCUGACAUUUGUGACAGAUGUGAAGACGGGUUCCUACUCUUGCAGCAAGGCACUGGCGCCGAGGUUCAGUGCGUUGCUUCGUGUCCCGUGGGAUUCGUGAAACACGGAACAAGAUGCCGCGCAGAAAUGUGCGAGGAUUUCUUCUGUUCACGUUGCAAGGAAGGCUGGGUCCUACAAUACAAAGGAGGAACUAAGUGUCUCUCCAACUGUCCAUAUGGCUUCUAUAGAAAGCAAGAUUGGUACAGCGAUCAAUCUUACUGUGAAAUGUGCCGAGCGAAUUGCAAGAGCUGUCAAGACUCGUACAACUGUGAUGUGUGUGAAGACAACUUUUUUCUUCUCGAGAGCGUUUUCUCCAAGUGUGUACACUCCUGCCCUGUUGGGUAUCUCCCAGACAAUACCCAGUCCCUGGGAAAGGUCUGCAAGACAGAUAAACUCGGCUGCUUAGACGAAAGAUGCUCCCAGUGCCAAGAGGGCUGGUACCGAAUCCGCAUCCGGAAGGUCUAUCACUGUCGCAUGGAGUGUCCAUCGGGAUAUUUUGGGAUAGAACAAGCAGGAAAGCCAAAGAUUUGUGGCCGUUGCCCGUAUAACUGCCAAGAAUGUCUAAACCCCCGGGAAUGCCAAACGUGUAAGUCGGGUCUGCAUAAACUCGUGCGUGGUGGAAGAGUGUAUUGCGUCUGGCAUUGCCCUAAAGAUUACCUGGCUCAUGAAAGCAACAACAAUGAAAAAACAUGCGUGAAAGCAACUGGCGAUCUUCUUGGACGAUUAUAAGAGAGAAACUACGAGCUGAUAUAACAUAUAUACGAAAGUUGGAAGUGACAUUCUGUUUGUAUUUUUUUUUUUUCGAUAAAUUUCAAUGUAAAUAAAGGAAGACGUAUAGCUGCGGCAUUAACAACCCCUUCUUUAAAGUUAUUCCAAAAGAUAUUAUUAAGAUAAUGGAUGGCUAUUUAUUUAAAAGUUCCCCUCGCAUCAUCGCCAAAAAUUAUUUAGUUAUAAAUCUUAAUGAAAUCCUCAGAAAGGAAAUGUCUACACAAAAGAUAAGUGCUGCUUAAAAGAGUUUCGAUGAGGUUAUUGCAUUGGUUGUUCGUAAUUUAAAUGAGAUAUAUCCGUUUCCUUUCGUUUUUUAGUUUGUUUUGUUUUGUCUCAUUAUUUACUCCCUUCAAUCGUUCCUUUAUCACUGAGCUUACUUGGAUGUUAAAAUUAAAGUGCACUGGAAGCAAAGGAGAUUAUUAUUUACUCGGAGACAAGAAAAAGAUAAAAGGGACGUCGGGAAAUUUAAUCAGGCACAAUCAGCACAUAUUACGUUGUUUUCUUUGUGAGUAAAUUAUUUUUUUUUCUUCUCCGAUUUCGCACGAUGUCCGAAUUAUCUGCUUGGACCUGCAAGAUUGAAAUUGACACAGACUGAAUGUAAGAGAGAAUAUAUCUUCCAUGUUAUUGCUACACAGCUUUGCUCCAAAAA